AUGCAUAGUCAGCAUAUUAAUUACGAACUAUUAUUGAAAAGUAUAAAUAGCAGCGCAUUCAAAAACGAUGUUGUAGAUCAAAAGCAUAAUUCAAAUCAUAAAGGAUUCAUUACCUAUGUAGCCGCUAGAAACGAAGCUGAGGCUCGAUAUUCUAAUCAACAAUGCCGGUGUAUUCCUGAGUGUCAACCAAACAUCUACGUACGACAGCCAGUCACUGAGAAAGACAUUCGAUGUCAACUUCUUUGGAGUAGUCGAAGUCACCCAGCUGUUCUUACCGCUACUUCGAAACGGAGCUGCCAAAGUGAUAUUGAAUAUCUCUUCGGACUUGGGAUCGUUGAUGCACCGGGUUUCGUCAAAACACCAAUGAACAACUUUACAGGUGAACUCGAACCCGAAGUUGCUGGCAACAUUAUCUAUGAAGCUGCGAUCAAAGAGAAUGGUACCGGUAGAUUCUUGGGUUCGUCGUUCACCACAUAUCCAUGGUUGUCUAAUUAG